AUGGAAGAAGGAGAAAUAUCUAGCCCUUUACUUGUCGAAGAAAGGACUCAAAUACAUGGUGCCAGUGGAGGAGAAGAGCAGAGAGGAGGUUCUUCAGCAACAACUAUGGUGGUGUUUAGUACCCUUGUUGCUGUGUCAGGUUCAUAUGUUUUUGGAUCAGCUAUAGGAUAUUCAUCACCUACUCAACCUGGAAUCAUGAAGGACCUGGCUCUCUCUGUAGCAGAGUACUCACUUUUUGGUUCAAUAUUGACGAUUGGGGCCAUGAUAGGCGCAAUAAUGAGUGGAAAAAUAGCAGAUUAUAUUGGUCGAAGAGGUAUCUUGAUUUUUCUCUACUUUGGCUGUGACAAACCAGACAAUGGGCUUUUCAGAAAUAUUCUGCAUUAUAGGGUGGAUCCUAAUAGCAUUCUCCAAGGGGACAUUAGUAUAUGUUGCAAGGUUGCUUGGUUGCUUGAUGUUGGAAGACUGCUUGUAGGGUAUGGCAUGGGCCUUCUUUCCUAUGUGGUUCCCAUAUACAUAGCUGAAAUUACUCCUAAGAAUCUUCGAGGAGGUUUUACAACAGUUCAUCAGUUGGUGAUAUGCUGUGGGGUGUCAAUUACAUAUCUUAUUGGAGCUUUCGUGUCCUGGAGAAUCUUAGCUCUAAUUGGAACUAUUCCAUGUAUUGUUCAGAUUGUCGGUCUAUUCUUCAUUCCAGAAUCUCCUAGAUGGUUGGCAAAGAUUGGGCGAGGUAAAGAGUGUGAAACAGCUCUACAGUGCCUUAGAGGGCACAAGGCUGAUAUUUCUGAUGAAGUAGCUGAGAUUAGAGAUUACACAGAAACCAUUCAGCAGCUUUCAGAAGCUAGCAUAUUUGAAUUAUUCCAGUGGAAAUAUGCUCAUUCCCUCAUCGUUGGAGUUGGCCUGAUGGUACUGCAACAAUUUGGAGGGGUCAAUGGCAUUGCAUUUUAUGCAAGUUCCAUAUUUAUAUCAGCAGGGUUCUCUGGCAGUAUUGGGAUGAUUGCAAUGGUUGCUGUUCAGAUUCCAAUGACAGCACUUGGAGUAGUUCUGAUGGAUAUAUCUGGACGACGUCCUCUUCUGAUGGUCUCUGCAGCAGGAACAUGCUUGGGUUGCUUUCUUGCAGCAUUAUCAUUCUUGUUCCAGGACCUCAAUAAAUUGGUAGCGGUCUCUCCAUUUCUAGCACUUUUUGGUAUACUGAUUUAUACAGGAUCAUUCUCACUAGGUAUGGGAGGGAUUCCAUGGGUUAUUAUGUCUGAGGUCUUCCCUAUAAACAUGAAGGGCUCAGCGGGAAGCCUAGUGACACUAGUUAGCUGGUUAGGUUCUUGGAUUAUAUCUUAUUCUUUCAACUUCUUGAUGAAUUGGAGUUCAACAGGAACAUUCUUCAUAUUCUCAUCCAUAUGUGGCCUAACCGUCCUGUUUGUGGCAAAGCUGGUACCAGAGACCAAGGGGCGAACACUAGAAGAAAUACAAGCAUCAAUGAAUCCGUUUUCAAGGAAGAGAUAA